CGGACGGUAUUUACUUUUGUACCGGUUAAGUCGGAAAAACCGGCCGGCACGAGAUUCUGAUGCCAACCAGCCUACCGUAUCGUUCUUGGUCCGAUUCCCGGUUGAACCGACCGGUACGAUCCGGUUUCCUGCUCCAUGGUUUUAAGUCGGAUUUUUUUUUUGCACAGUUAGAUCAGAUUAAUUGUGCUCUUCAAAAUGAUAUCCACUUUGAUAUUUUUUUGACACAAAAGAAUUUUUCAGUUAUUACCCGUCUAUACCAUAUGGUAUUGACUAUACCAUAUGGUAUUGACUGGUAGUAAAUAAGAGCAUACCAUAUGGUAUGAAUUUGCCACAUCAAUAUAUAUUUCGUUACCACCCAAUACCAUAUGGUAUAGUGUGGUAAUAUCAAUAUAUAUUUCGUUACCACCCAAUAUCAUAUGGUAUAGUGUGGUAAUAUCAAUAUAUAUUUCGUUACCACCCAAUACCAUAUGGUAUAGUGUGGUAUAUCAAUAUAUAUUGCCUAAAAGAAAAAAAAACAGAAGGAUGGAGAGAAAAAAAAAACUCGUCUUCUAUCUCCUCUUAUUUCCUUCUCUGCAAUCAAGAAUACCAAAAUGCCAAAAAAAGGAGAAAGAUCAGAAUUGAGGCCAAUGAUUUGAUGAAGAGAAGAAAUGCAAUGAAAGAGGAAGGUUGCAAUUGUUUUUCGUCGAUUGCUGUAAAAAAAUGAAGAAUAAGAGAAGGGAGCAAAUCUAUAUCAGAAGAAGAAGAUUGGGAGAGAAAAGGGAAGAGAGAAAGAAGAGUUGCAUAGACAAGAUUAUUUCUCUCUCCUUCGUUGAAAAACCAACUAUUAAAUGUUGGAUAAAUUAAAAAAAAAAUUCAAAAAUGGACAAAAGUACCCUCCCUUCCCCGCGUCUGGCCAACCGCACGAUGAGUUGCGCUCUUAGAUCUACGGCCCGGAUUUAUUACUCAGUAUCCUAGACCCAGCAUCCAUGCCCGGGAAUGACCCAACCAAACUUCUAAAGAAGUGAUUCCCGAUCAACUGGUCCAGCUUCAAAAUUGGGCAGGAGAAAGUCCGAAAGCCCAGAUAGAUUAUCAUCCCUGGGCCUCCACCGUAUUUUUCUGCUUUUGUUGGGUUCGUUCCCUUUAUUUGCUCCGCACAUGAAUUUUGAAUUUCAAAGAUCAUGCUGAAGGCGCUACAUGCCGAGAUCUGAUCUAACCAGCACGCCGCCGGAAACUGUCCUUCUGCCGCUCCCCAUCCAAACGAAACAACUCAUUUAUUCAAAUCUCGAAAUACGUCUGAAGAGAGGGGGAGGGGGGUUCGCGAUUCCUGUUCUCAGCGCUCUAUUAGUUUGAUUGGGUUGCUACAGUGGUUUGCGAUUCAUUCAUCACCGACUGGAUACAGAAGCAAACUAGAAUGGAGAAGUAUGAGAAGCUGGAAAAGGUCGGGGAGGGCACAUACGGAAAAGUCUACAAGGCGAAAGACAAAUCGACGGGGCAACUGGUGGCUCUCAAGAAAACGCGGCUGGAGAUGGACGAAGAAGGCAUUCCUCCAACUGCUCUCCGGGAAGUCUCUUUGCUUCAGAUGCUGUCUCAAUCACUGUACGUCGUCCGACUCCUUUCCGUCGAACACGUCGACGCUGCCGCGAAUUCACGCGGUCAUACGGACGACGACGACGAGGACCUCACCCACCGCCGCCGCCACGAUGCUAAGAAGGGAAACACUACUGCUGAUCCUGAUCGGAAAUCAAACCUCUACCUGGUGUUCGAGUACUUAGACACGGAUCUGAAGAAGUUCAUUGAUUCCCACCGCAAGGGCCCAAACCCUAGGCCACUCCCUCCAACUCUCAUCCAGAGCUUCCUCUUCCAGCUAUGCAAGGGCGUUGCUCACUGCCACAGCCAUGGCGUCCUCCACCGCGAUCUCAAACCUCAGAAUCUCCUCCUCGAUCAGGAUAAGGGCAUCCUUAAGAUCGCGGACCUUGGUCUCGGCCGCGCCUUCACUGUUCCUCUAAAGAGCUACACUCACGAGAUAGUCACUCUCUGGUACAGAGCACCCGAGGUCUUGCUCGGUUCAACUCAUUACUCCACCGCCGUUGACAUGUGGUCCGUCGGCUGCAUCUUUGCUGAAAUGGUCAGACGGCAAGCUCUGUUUCCGGGCGACUCAGAGUUCCAACAGCUGCUUCACAUUUUCAGGCUGUUAGGAACACCAACUGAAAAGGAUUGGCCAGGAGUAACUAGUCUUCGAGAUUGGCAUGUGUACCCGCAAUGGGAGCCACAGAACUUUGCCCGUGCUGUUCCUUCUCUUGGUCCAGAUGGGCUGGACCUUCUAUCGAAGAUGCUUAAAUACAACCCUGCCGAAAGAAUAUCAGCAAAAGCAGCAAUGGAUCAUCCUUAUUUUGAGUUGCUUGACAAAUCGCAAUUCUAACUAAAAGAGAACCUAGAGGACUGGGUUUAUUGUUGUUUCUUCCUGCUCGCGCUAGUUUCUGAUUUUACCAGUUGUAUGUGUUAUGGGGCAUGUGCUUCUUCAUUGCAAAGAACAAGCUGUUCAGAUGGUCGAAUCAUUGUUAACCAUCAUUAUCUAGGGUGAUUGAAGCGAACCAACUAUGUAGUGUUAUGAAUCAGUGACCAGUAUGGCCCUUUCGCCAUGUUCAUUGGCGUCUUGUCCUGCGUUUGUUUAUCAUUUUUCGUUAUUGAAGGGAAACUAAAUGUCCCCCAUUGUUUCUCUCACUUUAAUCACGCACGCUUUAACUCAGCACUAACAUCAAGACUAGUUGGCCAUUAGCUCCACAAACUUGGAUUGGAUGCUCCUGCAUUUGUGGUUAUAUCUAUAUGUGCAUGAAUGUUGGGCAUGAGAACUGAGAAGUAUACUCCAAAUGAAACUGGUCACAGUGAAAAAAAUUGUUUAGCCUUGCAUUAAUGCAGCAAAUGAGACUGGUCACUAAUAGAAAGUCUGUUUGAGCGUUAUAUUGACAACGCAAAAUAUUGAUGAAAUGAGUGAAUACUUUAUAGAAAGGUGACCAUCUUUCCGAGAUUGGUAGAUGAAAAUUGUGAGUGUUAUCAUUCAUCCAUAGAAGAAAAAAGCAAUAAUUUCUAAGUUUCUCAAUCACAACUGAUGGAGUUGAGAUUACCGUGGACUUUAGAAAGCAUGUUUAUUUCAGUACCAAGAACACAACAUACAUUCGUUACUAACCAUUCUUCUAUUAUCCCCCACAGAACAAUACAGCCAGGCUCCCAGUGUUAGAAACAAAUACAAAAUCAGAGUAAAAGAAUACAACGCGGUAUUACAUGGUAGUUGGUACCUAGUAAUGAAUUUACGAUGCUCUUCCCCCACCACCCCAAGCCAAGAGUUAAAGGGUGAAAAAAGAAGAAAAAACUGAACCAGCAUCGGAUACUAGCAUCAUCUUCGGCUGCUGAUAUAAAGGCUACAGAUACAAUGAUAAAGGAAGCGCAUAGUUUGGCUCAAACAUAUUAUUCAGUUAGACCAUACAUGAACAAGGCCAUGGCGGUUGCCCGUAUAAAUCUCAUUGCGUUCUUCGUCAUAGAAAAGUGCAGUUAUAUCUUCAAGUGCCUCAGCUGCUGUACUUCUCAUAGACGUGUGACUCAGUUGUUUUGAGCCGCUAGUACUGCCGCCACUGCUACCACUACCACUACAGCUCUCAACGACUUUUGGACUGCCAUUGGAGGCAUUUAUUUUAGCCAAACACUUUCCUGUCAAAAUAUUGCUGACAUUGAUAGACCCAGCUGCAGCAACAACAUCAGCAUCAUGGUGAGACAAUCACACCCACAACUCAACAGAGAAUUUAAACAGAGAAUACGAAAAAUCCAUGACAACAAUGAAAGACUCAAACAGGACAUGUUACAGAGGACUCCCACAGCAAACACCCCCUAAUAAGUUGUUCCGACGCUUGCUUGAUUACGAUCAUUAGCACCAAAACAUUCAAAUAAGUUGCAUAUCAAGGC